GAAUUGAUACGACGAAGAGUAAAAAUUAAAAUGACGGAUAAAUCAAUCCCUAUAGAACUCAACGAAGAACAGAACGCACGCUUUGAUUUAAUAACACGCUCACUUCAAGAAGUACUCGGCGGUGAUAUUAUCAAGCAGAAGCUGAGCAAAGCUGAGCAAUUGAAAUGUUACUGGGGUAGUGCACCAACAGGAAGACCACAUGUCGGAUACUUUGUACCACUCGUCAAAAUCGCAGACUUCCUUAGAGCCGGCGUAGAAGUCAAGAUUUUGUUAGCAGACAUCCACGCUUUCUUAGACAACAUGAAAGCACCAUUCGAAUUGGUACAGGACAGAGUAAAGUACUACACAAAGUUAUUGAGAGCUAUUUUUGUUAGCUUGGAUGUACCAGUCGAUAAGCUCAUUUUCGUCGUCGGUUCAAGCUACCAACUCACCCCUCAAUACUCGAUGGACAAUUACAGAUUGGCUGCUAUGACGACAGAGCACGACGCAAAGAAAGCUGGUGCAGAGGUCGUCAAACAAGUCAGCUCUCCACUUUUAUCCGGUAUGCUCUACCCUGGUCUUCAAGCCCUCGAUGAGGAGCAUCUCGGUUGUGAUUUCCAAUUCGGUGGUGUAGACCAAAGAAAGAUCUUCGUUAUGGCUGAAUCCGUAUUACCAAAGCUCGGCUAUGCCAAGAGGGCCCACCUUAUGAAUGCAAUGGUACCUGGUUUGGCAGGUGGAAAAAUGUCUUCCUCAGAUCCAAACUCAAAGAUUGAUUUCUUGGACUCGGCUGCAGACGUCAAGAAGAAGAUCAAAUUAGCAUUCUGUGAGGAAGGUAACAUUGAAGAAAAUGGUUUAUUGGCCUUCUUGAAGGCCGUUGUUUUCCCAAUUGCUGCAUACAAGCAACAAGCUAAGGGAAAAUCACCAUUCGUUGGUGAAGGUGCUGAUGAGAAAGAUUUAUACUCAGUCACCCGUCCAGAAAGAUUCGGAGGUUCAUUGCAUUACACCGAAUACACAAAACUUGAAGAAGAUUUCGCAAACAAGGCAGUCCACCCAGGUGACCUUAAAAAGGCUGUUGAAGAAGCAAUCAACACCCUCCUUGACCCAAUCAGAAAUACAUUUGAAUCUGAUGCUGAGUUCAAGGCAAUUGAAAAAGCUGCAUACCCACCACCUAUCGAUCCAGCUGCAGCUGCGAAAGAAGCGAAGAAAGCUAAGAAUGAAGCCAAGAAGAACAAAGCAAAAGCGUCAGCGGCUAACUUCCAACAACAAUCAAUCGACAGCGUUGCUGAGCAAGUGGAAAAGGUUGAGAUUCCAAAGCAGUAGAUUAUCAAAACAGAAUUGUAUUUAUCAAUAUUUUAUAGAAUUAUUCGGGAUUUUUUGGGUCGCGUAGAUCAUAUAAAUCACUUUGGUGGAUUCUUCCUACCUGGA